AUGGCUCCUUCCGUGAUCAACGACAAUGGCUGCCGGUUCCGCUCUGGCAGUGGCACUGGCACUGCUUCCUUCAGAAGCAAGCCGAGCCGUGGCUCUGGGAGCAUGAACACUGCUGCGGCUGCCCUGCUGGUGAUGCUGCUGGGGGUGUCGAAUUUGCCGCUGAGUGUGCUCGCCGAGAAUAAGCCGCUUCCCUGCACGUACUCCAACAUCAAGGGUUACACCUCGUCCGUGCGUCCUUUCAAAGGGCUGCGCCUGAACUGGAAGGUGGUGGGAAGCACGGUGAAGUUUGACCUGCGUGCGACUGGCCCCGCCAGCAAGGGCUGGUUCAGCGUCGGCUUUUCCACCGAUGGGGAGAUGACAGGCGAUGCCAUCACCGUCACCUCUAGCACUGCCACGUCAGCAACGAUCCAUGCGCUCACGGGCGAGAGCGGCGCCAGCGUGGCGGAGAGCACUGAUUGGACGCCGGCCAAACUGGAGAUCAAGAGGAAGGGUGGUGGUGCUUCUCUCAAGUUCGAGCGGUCUGCGAGUGAUGGCAGCCCUGUGACCUUCAACCCCAAGGGCAAGAACAUUCUCAUGUUUGCAUACAAGGACUCGGCGUUUGACACUAACAACAUGCAUGACGAGGAGUAA